AAGAGCUUCAGCCAGAAAUCCAACCUGAUCUGCCACAUGAAAAUCCACACGGGGGAGAGGCCCUAUAUAUGUGAGGAGUGUGGGAAGAGCUUCAGCCGGAGAUCCAACUUGACUGUCCACCUGAGGAGCCACACCGAGGAGAGGUCUUACAAGUGUGAGGAGUGUGGGAAGAGCUUCAGCUGGAUCUCCUGCCUGAUUGUCCACCUGAGGAGGCACACCGAGGAGAGGUGUUACAAGUGUGAGGAGUGUGGGAAGAGUUUCAGCCGGAUCUCCCACCUGACUGUCCACAUGAGGAGGCACACCAGGGAGAAACCCUACGAGUGUGAUAAAUGCAGAAAGGGGUUUCAGACCAGCUCUGAUCUCCUCAGGCACCAGCGCACUCACACAGAGGAGAGGCCCUUCCUCUGCCCCGACUGCGGGAAAGGCUUCAAGUACAACUCCUCCCUUGUCAGCCACCAGCACAUGCACACCCAGGAGAGGCCCUAUGAGUGUCCCGAGUGUGGGAAGAGAUUCACCCACAAGUCGAACCUGAUUGUCCACAAGAGGAUCCACACUGGCGAGAGGUCUUACGAGUGUGGGGAGUGUGGGAAGAGCUUCUGCCAGCGCUCCCACCUGAUCUACCACCUGAGGAGCCACACUGGGGACAAGCCCUAUGAGUGUGAUAAAUGCAGGAAGAGGUUUCAGACCAGCUCUCAUCUUGUCAGGCACCAGAGGAUUCACACGGAGGAGCGGCCCUUUCGCUGCCCUGACUGCGGGAAGGGCUUCAGGGACAACUCCACCCUCGUGACCCACCGGCGCAUCCACAGUGGGGAGAGG